CUUGGGAACAGCCGUGUCCACGGGGCUGCAGCGUGGCUCCGUGCUCUCCCCGGGGCUGGGUUACACAUUCGCGCUGUCUGUCAGACACAUCUCUUGGAUGUGCUGGUGCUCCCUGAGCGGAUUUGGCCAUAUCCGCUGGGCUGCAGGUCUGCGCCGACGCGUCUGCAGAGGAGCAGCACCCGGGGACCGUUCCAUGCUGAUACUGUACUCACCUGGCAUCUCUCCCCGCAGGCCUACAACAUCCACGUCAAUGGGGUGUUGCACUGCCGAGUGCGUUACAGCCAGCUCCUGGGGCUGCACGAGCAGUUACGGAAGGAGUAUGGCGCUAACGUGGUCCCAGCCUUUCCCCCGAAGAAGAUCUUCACCCUCACCCCGGCUGAGGUAGAGCAACGACGGGAACAGCUGGAGAAAUACAUGCAGGCUGUGCGGCAGGACCCGACGCUGGGAGGCAGCGAGACCUUCAACAGCUUCCUGCGCAAGGCCCAGCAGGAGACGCAGCAGAUCCCCACGGAGGAGGUGGUGCUGGAAGUGCUGCUCUCCAACGGCCAGAAGGUCAAGGUCACCAUCCUGACCUCGGACCAGACAGAGGAUGUUCUUGAGGCUGUGGCCUCCAAGCUGGAUCUGCCGGAUGACCUGGUCGGCUACUUCAGCCUCUUCCUAGUGAGAGAGACCAAGGAUGGGGCUUUCUCCUUUGUGCGGAAGCUGCAGGAGUUCGAGCUGCCGUACGUGUCCGUCACCAGCCUGCACAACCCUGAGUUCAGGAUCAUCCUGCGCAAGAGCUACUGGGACUCCUCUUACGAUGAUGACGUAAUGGAGCAUCGUGUGGGGUUGAACUUGCUGUAUGCGCAGACGGUGUCAGACAUCGAGCACGGAUGGAUCCUUGUCAACAAGGAACAGCACCGGCAGCUGAAAUCCCUGCAGGAAAAAGUCUCCAAGAAGGAGUUCAUCCGCCUGGCGCAGACCCUGAAGUACUACGGCUAUCUCAAGUUCGACCCCUGCGUCACCGACUUCCCCGAGAAGGGAUGCCACGUCGUCGUCAGCGCUGGCAACAACGAGCUCAACUUCCAGGUGCGGCUGCCGAGCGAGCAGAUCAAGGAGGGCAGCUUCAAGGUGACGCGCAUGCGGUGCUGGCGGGUCACGUCCUCGGUGCCGAUGAGCAACGGCCCCUCGGGGAGCAGCCCGGGGAAGUCCGAGGUGAAGCUGGAGUUGGCUUUUGAGUAUCUGAUGAGCAAGGACCGGCUGCAGUGGGUGACC